AUGGUAGUUUUAGUUGAGGAUAUCAUUGAUCCUACGAAUCCUAGGCUAUUUAAAAGUAGUUAGAACGAUGAGUAAGGAGGUCAUGCUCAUCAUGAUCGGUUGAGAAGAUUAUUUUCGAAAAGGAUAUAUAGAGGUCCCAAAACUCCUCCCCGAAGAAUCUAAACUGAUUAAAUUUCAAAUAGCCUGCUUCUUGAUAUUCACUAUGAAAAUCAAUCUUAAGAAGCAUGCUCAGUUUUUAUUAAAGAAGAAUCAAAUCCAAGUAUCUUGUACACUUGCAGUAAAAAAUUUGCUAUGACAGAGUAAAGUAAGAUGCUAGGAUAGGGUAUAGUUGGAAUGAAUUUAAAUUAACGAAACCAUAAUGAAAAUAUGAGAAAGGAAUUUAAUUGUGAAUCAGACGAUUAGAUGGAUCAUGAAGGUAAGAUAAGAAAUAUCGAGGAAACUAAAGAUGAUAGAUUCGAUUAGAAUAAACUCGGUUAAAAGAUACUAAAUAAAAAUCCUAAUAAUAAAAAGAAAUCAAAGAAAAGAACAACAAAGUAAUAACAACAAUAAUUAUAAAAUUAGAUGCAAUCAUAAAAUUAGAUGACAGUUCAAUAGAUGCAAAGUCCCAAGAAAAGUGGUAGAGCAAGACCAAUAUUGAAAAUGGCUAGAAGUGGCAGCAUUUAGCCGCCUGGAUAAGGCAUAGGAUUUGUUAUGGCAGUGGCAUAAAGUUAAGAUGAAGAGAGUAAUACUUUGGGUUUGAGCAUGGAUUCAUAUAAAGAUUAGAUUUAUGACAACAACAUAAAAUCAUUGAAUUCUUCUAAUAUGCCUAUUGGCAAGAAAACUAAAACAAUCGGAAAUAUAUCAAGAUCUAGGAUUGGAAAACACAAAAAUGUACUGUCAAGAAAAGCAUUUUAAGUUGCAGAAAAUGCCAGAAAUUAGGUUAUAUCCUUCUAAAAUCUCUUUGUGAGUGAAGGUAAUAACUAUACUCAACAUUAUAAAAGCAUCAAGAAAAUAGGAUAAGGAGGAUGUGGAGAAGUAUUUAUGGUUAUGCAUCUUGCAACUGAUUAAAUUAGAGCAAUGAAAAUAAUCAAGAAAAAUUCAGAAAAAAUAGUCUCAUCUGUAUUUGAUGAGAUCAAGAUUCUUAAAUAGUUAGAUCACCCUAACAUAGUUUAGGUUUAUGAGUACUUUCAGGAUGAGCUAAAUGUAUAUAUAAUUAUGGAGUAUCUUAAGGGUGGAAGUUUAUUUGAUCGGUUGAAGGCUAUAAAUAGAUUCGGUGAGAGAGAGGCUGCUUAUGUAAUGAAAUAGGUGCUCUAAGCCCUAAAUUAUUGCUUUUAAAAGAAUAUUGUGCAUAGAGAUAUGAAACUUGAAAACAUAUUAUUUGUUUAGGAAGAUACAUUGCAAAUUAAGAUUAUAGAUUUUGGAAGUGCAGUUUAUGUUGAUAACUAAACUAAAAAUCUUAAUAGAAUUGUGACAGCAUAUUACGUGGCUCCUGAAAUUAUUAACAAAGAAGAGUAAAUAAUGAAAUGUGAUGUUUGGUCCUGUGGUGUUAUUCUUUUUAUACUUCUUAGUGGUCAGGCUCCUUUUAGAGGAAAAGAUGAAUAGGAAAUUUUGGAUAAAGUACUGAAAAAUCAAGUUAAUUUUGAGGAAAAUUAAUGGAAAUCAGUAUCUCGAAGAGCUAAAAAUCUUAUCAAAUAAAUGAUUGAGACUAAUGUUGUCACUAGACUUAGCCUACUCUAGUGCAUUCAAUCUCCAUGGAUAAAAAUGCUAACUAAAAUAGAUGGGAGUUUUAGAAUCGAUAUGCAUUAAAUUGCUAAGACUAUAAGGCUUUUAGAAGCAUUUUAGCCAGGAUGUAGAUUAAGAAUGCUUUGUUUAAAUUAUGCCAUCCGAUAUUUUUCGUUUGAUUCCCAUGUUGACAAGUUCAUAAAAUUUUACUCCUAUAUGGACUCAAGGCAUGUUGCGAAUCUGAAUGAAAGAGAUCUUCUCAAAUUCGCAUAGAGAAUAAAUAAGGAAGAAGACCUGGAAAUUUUAUUAUAACAAUAAAAACGUACUGUGGCUAAAUUAGAUCUUGAAAAACUGCAUGGUAUCACUUUUACUCAAUUUCUAAUUGGUACCUUAGACAUUUCCAAGUCACUAAGUUCUUAAAAGCUGAUAAAGCUGUUUAAUAUUUUCGAUGUUGAUGGAGAUAAUUACAUAUCAGUGAAGGAUCUUCAUGCUUUUUGUAGCAAAAAGAUAGAAAUAGACCAGUGCAAAUCAAUUAUUGAACAAGCACUAGAAUAUCUUAAUGGAGGAGGUCAGAGAUCUCCAUAAAAUCUUAAUUAGUCGAUUGCUCUUAACAAUCAGAAUCCCCCAGAGUUGCUUAAAAUUAACUUUUCAAAUUUCAAAUAAAUAGUCCUAAACUAAAUCUAAACGGGGCCACCUUAAGUUUCAAACACCGCAUAUAUAAACAAUAAUUCUUAUCUUAUGAUGGCAGAUGGCAAGCUUAAUCAAACUUAAAUUGAUUGUACAAUUCUUAUUCAAAAUAAUGCAAAUCCAGGAAAUUAAUCAGUGUAAAAUUCUGGAAUACUUUAUUAGGCAGGAAUUAAUUCUAAUACAGGAAAUUUAAUUUCUCCUAUUUCAAAACUACUUAAAAAUGAACCAAAGGAGCAUAACAUCAAAAGAAAGAAUAAGCAAAGCUACAAAAAAUAUGGAACUAAAAAAACUACAGCUGGAUAAAUUAUAAAUAUCUGA